UAUAAACAAACAAAGAUGACAGCAGCAGAUAACAAUACAACACCAACGUCAACUACGACAACAACAUCAUCAUCACAGACUACUUCAACAUCACCAUUCAGUAGUUAUAUAGCAUUGGGCGACUUGACCGAGAAGAACAUGGGUCAACUGCGUCUGCUGAACACCUCCACAUUUCCACUGACCUACGACGACAAGUUCUACAGCAACCUGUUACUACCAAACACUAUCACAAAGCUUGCAUACUUCAAUGAUAUAGUUGUUGGAGCAGUGUCAUGCAGGAUAGAUACACCAAAGGGCGAGUCACCAUGCUUGUAUAUCAUGACAUUUGGCGUGUUGGCCAAGUAUAGGAAGUUGGGCAUCGGCAAGAGACUGCUCGACUUUGUCGAGGAGCAAUGCCAGCAGCACAACUACUCAAAGAUCACGCUGCACGUACAGGUCAACUCGGAAGCCAUCGAGUUCUACACCAAGCACGGAUACACAAUCACCUCGACCAUACCAAACUAUUACAACAGAAUUCAACCGGCCGAUUGCCAUCUCAUGACCAAGCUCACACCAAAGAAG